AAAAAUGGACAGAUAAGAUACAAGUCUUAGAAUUAUAAAUGUUUUGCUAUAAAUAUAUCCUAAUUUCUCCAAGUGGCUUCCCCCUUUGUUCUCAGCCUUUGCCAUAGGCUCUCCAGAUCACUGAGCACACAAUGCUUGGGUGAGCACAGCAUUGUUAUGUAACAGCAUCUCUGGCUUUACUCAUCAGAGCUUGUCAGCCUCUUGCCUCACUCUCUUCUCCUCAUGCCAUGGUGUAAACUUUGGGGUCUUAGUCUCGUCUGCCCCCAGUGGACUACAUUUGCUUUUGUUCAUGGCCCCCUUCCGGGCAUCUAUCUGGACUCGGGUCCUCCUGGGAGGUUCUCUCUGGCUAUCUGUGCUCUGGGUACUUUUGUGCCCUGUCUGUUGUUCCCACAGCCCGCCAAAAUGGCGCUUCACUACCUCUGAAGUUAUGAUUCCCAGGAAGGUUCCCCAGAGGAUGGGUAGAAGUGAUAUGCCAGCCGAGAUCACCUACAGCAUACGUUUCAGGGGACAAAGACACGUGGUCCACAUGAAGCUCAAGAAGACCAUGAUUCCUGAGAAUUUGCCUGUAUACACUACUAACGACCAAGGAGCCGAGCAGGAGGACUACCCAUUUGUUCCUCGAGACUGUUACUUCUACAGCUACCUGGAAGGGGUCCCUGGGUCCCAGGCCACACUAGACACCUGCAAUGGAGGUCUCAAUGGCAUGCUACAGGUGGAUGACUUCACUUAUGAAAUCAAACCACUGGUAUCUUCUUCCAAAUUUGAGCAUGUAAUUUCUCUGCUUGUGGUGGAAGAAAGAUCACUUGAGUCUAAAAGGUGUAGAAACGAAGAGCAGGUGGCAGAGGCAGAUGAAUCCCUUGAAGAGACGAAGCUUGUUGGAAGUCCCAGAGCAGCUCCAGUCUAUUUGUGGCGCGUGCAUGUCAAAGUACUACGAGUCCACUACACGAUGAGUUGUGUAGUGACCAAUGCGUUCAAGAAUUUAACCCGUGCAGUUGAGAUGAUAUUGAUUAUGAACAGCAUAUCAAACACCAUUUACAAACUAAGUGGCAUAGAUGUCGUUGCAGGUGCUCUAACUAUGUGGGAAUCAUAUGACCCAGUGAACAUAGGCCUCUAUGCACGUGAUGUUAAUGGACUGUUGAACACAUUUGGCAAUCGUCAAGAAAAAGUUAAUCAACACGUCAAGAUCUCCACUGCAGUUAUUUUAUCAGGAAUUAGACUUGAAAACAUUGACUACAUGGGUCGAAUAAACACUCUGUGCAAGCACAGAGAGGCAAUAUCAUAUGUAAAUGCUGCAAGCCGCCAUGCAUUUAUGGUAGCAAUUUUUAUGUCUCAUUCAACAGGUCAUGUUAUGGGUUUAGAACAUGAUGCUCCAGGCUGCUAUUGUUUCAGAAGAAAGAACUGUCUCAUGCAUGAUUAUCCUGUUCUCACGGAUAUGUUAAGUAAUUGCUCCCAAGCUGCAGUACAUAAGAGGAUCCAUGAAUGGGACGAAUGCCUGAGUGAAAAUCGUGUUCUAUAUGAAAGUUAUAAAUAUGAAGUUCCUCGUUGUGGAAAUAAGAAGGUGGACAAGACUGAGGAAUGUGACUGCGGCUCCUUGAAAGAGUGCGCCUAUAACAGGUGCUGUACAACCACUUGCAUCUUUACUCAAGGGAGUACUUGUAAUUUAGGAGGUUGCUGUAAAGACUGUUCAUUUGCACCUUUUGGAACUAUGUGCAGAGACAAACUUGGCAUUUGCGAUCUUCCAGAAUACUGUGAUGGAACCUCCCAGAAAUGCCCAGAAAAUUUUUACAUCCAGGAUGGAACUCCCUGCUCACCACUAGCAGUUUGCAUGUCAGGAAAUUGCAGUGAUCGUAAUUUGCAGUGCCAAGCUCUUUUUGGAUAUGGAGUUAGGGAUGCUGCCCCAAUAUGCUAUAAAUUAAAUGCCAUAGGUGAUCGAUUUGGAAACUGUGGAGUAACGAAACAGCGAGGAGGAAGCAAACCUCUCGCUUGUGAAGAUGACGGUAUUUAUUGUGGACUGCUUCAUUGUGAUGGUGUCAGUCGUGUUCCUGGUGGUGGUGAGCACACUACAUUUCAUCACAUAAAGGUACAAGGUGUUAAAGAAGAACAGUGCUUUGGGUAUGAUGCACACCAUGGGACAGAAGUUCCAGAAAUGGGGCUUGUAGUAGACGGUGCAAAUUGUGGCGCAGGGAAAUUCUGCAGAGGUAAAGCCUGUAUUUUUCAUCAAAACUUUAAUUUUAAUUGCAACAUCAGCCACUGUAAUUUCAGAGGGGUAUGUAACAACAGAGGCAACUGUCACUGUAUGCAAGGUUGGCAGCCACCAACCUGUGAAGAAAGUGGAGCAGGUGGCAGUGUAGACAGUGGCCCUACACUUUCCUCUAAGAAAAGGUUUCGAGCCAAAAUACACGUGAGUGUGAACAAGAUAUUGCUUGUUUUAUUUACUCGUAUGGCUCUUAUCUUGGUGUCACUUCUUUUUGGUGGAAUUUCAAAAGCAAUAAUAGCUAUAGACACCAGAAAGGGACAUCAUCCUGAAAAGGCUAAUUGAUUUCAUUCCAUACGAUCUGGAGCCACACAACAGAAAAAAAUCAUGUCGAUCACUACAAGAAAUUAUCAAUGAUUUCCUCUGACAGCCAUGUAACUUUCCCAAGUCUGAGAUUUUCAUCAUGAAAUAAAAUCACCGAGGAGUUAAAAUUGUG